AAAUUAAAUAAUGUUGAAACUCAAAAAGUAUUCCUUGUAAUUUUAAAAUUAAAUUAAUACAAACCAAAAAGAAAAGAAAAAAAAAAAUAAAAUAACUUAUAUUGCUGUUCAAUAUUUCCUUAGAAAUAAAUUUUCAUUAUAUAUUAUAAACAAAACCAAAAUGGAUAAUUCAAGAAGAAAUGAUAGUUCCUCUAUAGAAUCUGUUGAUUCGAUGCCAGUUCCACUAAAUGCAGAUGAUGAUAUAAGACGUAGCUCUCCUGAACUUUUUAAAAAUGUUUCUCGAUUAUCAAGAAACAGACAUAAAGAGUUAUCAAUAAGCUCAAAUGUUGCUGAAUCAUUAUAUCGAACAAUAUCACGAUUUAGCGCAAAAAACAAGCAAAAUGUUUACAACAACAGCAAUAAUAAUAAUAGAAUUUUGUCUGAUUUGGAAUCUGCUGCAUCUGUUCCAUCUAUUCAAUCAGUUCUAGAUUCAGAAGAUCAAUUUGAUAUAUAUAAUAUUUAUGGAGAAGAUAAAGGUCCAAAAGAAAUUGAUUUGCAACGUCAAAAAGCAAGACAAACUAUUCGAUCUGUUUUAAGAAAAAGAGUCACUAAUUUAAAUCCAUUAGUUAAAAGUGAGACUAUUUAUGAUGACGAAGAUAUUGGUGAAAAUUGUUUACCUACUAAAAAAGAUGGUUUAGAGUUUGCAGAUGUUGAUCCUGAGUUGGUUACUUGGGAUGGUGAUAAUGAUCCUGAAUUUCCUAGAAAUUGGCCCCAAAAAAAAAAAGUCAUUAACACUAUAUUAGUUUCAACAUAUUCCUUUGUUUCUCCAGUUUGUUCUUCAAUGUUAGCACCAGCUAUACUAAAAAUUGCUGCCGAGUUUGAAAUAACCAAUUCAGCUGUAAGAUCAUUACUCGUUUCUAUUUUUGUGUUAGCCUGGGCUAUUGCCCCAUUGAUUGUUGCUCCAUUUUCAGAAAUUUAUGGAAGAAGACCAGUUUUGAAUUAUUCAAUCUGGUUCAUGUUUGCGUUCAAUUUAGGCUGUUGUUUGGCUCAGAAUAAAACCCAAAUGAUCAUAUUUCGAUUUUUAGCGGGAUGUGGUGGAGCUACACCAUUGUCUGUUGGUGCAGGUGUAAUUGGAGACUUGUUUGAAGAUAAAGAGAGAAAUGUUUGGGGUGGUCUUUAUGCUAUUGGGCCAACUUUAGGACCAGCAGUUGGUCCAAUAAUAGCCGGAUUUGUUGUUGAACAUCUAAGUUGGAGAUGGGUGUUUUGGAUCCAAUUGAUGAUCAAUGGUGUUAUUGCUUUUAUUGGAUUAUUAUUUUUCAGAGAGACAUAUUCUCCAGUUCUUUUAAAAAAAAGGGCUAAAAAGUUGCGAAAAAUUACAAAAAAUCCUAAUUUGAAGACCAUUCAUGAUAUUGCAGAUGGUGAGACUGUUUUUGGUAGAUUUUAUCUUAAUAUCACAAGGCCAAUCAAACUAUUAAUUUUUAAUCCAAUGGUUAUUGGAUUGGGGUCCUUUAUGGCUUUACUUUAUGGGUUGAUGUAUUUAUUAAUUGGAGCUUUUCCUCUUGUUUGGAGUGUUAGAUAUGGUUUUAGAAUAGAAAUUGCUGGAUUGAUGUAUAUUACUUUGGGUAUCGGGUAUUUGAUAGGAAUAGCAUUUUGGACUCCAUUGACUGGUAGUGCUUAUCGAAAAUUAGUAAAACAGAAUAAUGGAAUUCCAAAACCAGAAUUUAGAUUAAAAUAUCUAUAUUUAUCUGGGGUUAUUGCCCCAUCAGCACUAUUAGUCUUUGGUUGGAGCGCAGAAGAAAAAGUGCAUUGGAUGGUUCCAUCAAUUUCAGCUGGUGUUUUUGCAUUUGCUGUUAUUGAUAUGUUUCAAUGCAUUCAAAAUUACUUGAUUGAUAUGAAUCCAAGAUUUGCUGCUUCCACUGUAGCAGCAGCAGCGGUGUUCAGAUCUUUAUUUGGUUUUGCAUUUCCAUUAUUUUCGCCAUAUAUGUUUGAAGAUCUUGGCUAUGGAUGGGGCUGCACUAUUUUUGCUUUGAUUGGUUUUGCUUUGGGAAUUCCAUUUCCAAUAUAUGUCUAUAAAAACGGUGAAAAAUUGAGAAAUUGGACUAAUAAAAGAAUGGAAAAAGAGCAAGCUAAGAGAGAUGCUAGAAAUUUAGAAAGAUUAGACGCAAAAAAUAAAGUUGAAGAACAAAAAGUUGCAAAUUCGCCUAUUCAAAACAAUGAAAAAGAACAAAAGGAUCUAAAAAACAAAACACUGAAAACUUCUGGCAGUAUUAAAGACGAAAAAUCUGAUAAUGAUAAAUACUAGAACCUGAAAAUUAAUUCUGGC